AGAUUUUUUGUGCUUUUCUUCAGCAGAUAUGGAAUCCUUCGUGAAAGUGCUAUUGGCUUUAAUUUGCUCUCAAGGACAUAGUCAGAGAGGACGAGAGGUCUAUGCUCAAAUCAAACCUGUUAAAGCUGGAGAUGUUCUCGAGAAGAGUAAUCUGCAAUUCUCCAUCGAUCUCUAUAAGGAAUCGGUAAAGAGAGAAGGGAACGUGUUCUUCUCUCCCUGGAGCCUACAAACUACUCUGGGGAUGGUGUAUGCUGGGGCGGAAGAAAGAACAAAAUCUCAAAUGCAGAAAGCUCUCUCUUUUCCAUCAAACAACUCAGACGAUCUCAUCUACGAGGGGCUCCAUCGAAAUCUCAUCAGUAUCCAGGUAACUAUU